AUGUCGCAUGCAUGGCCAGUGCUUUUUCAUCGAAAUUGUCAAGAGCGUCGAAUGCGCAGUCCUGGAGGCCUAGUACCGUACGAAUAUAUACUGCCCACCCGUCAUUUAGACUGGAAAGGACCCGAACAUAGUGAUGUUGAUGGAAAGCAGAAUGCUUCGAUACAACGUGUAAUUUAUAGUGUGACAGUUCACGUUGACAGUCGUUCAGUACUGCGUGAACCGUUGCAAGGCUCGCUAAGGUAUGCACCCGAUUUCGAACUACCCGAAAUUCAAGCUAUCCGAAAAUUAAAGUCUGUUUUUUUUCUUAUGGGUGUUAUUGUCAGGCUUCCACAUUAA